AUGGCGCGAAAUUUGAACAAGCGCAAGGCAGAUGAGGAGAUCGAAGACAUCAACGAGAUCGAAAACGUCCCAAGCCCGGCUGACAAGGCCGACCUCCUUCGCAUGAAGCUCCUAGCCUAUAAGUCCGCGCUACGCCACCGAGUCUACAAACGUCCCACUAUCGCCAUUAACGCAAUAAAUUCCUCCCGAGGGGCAUCAUCGUUCUUCGAGAGCUUGCCUCGCGAAAUCCGAGAUACAAUCUAUGGAUAUGUAUGGACUAGUACUCCAACUAUUCUUCAGCGCUACAGGCGCAAGGAAUACUUCGUAUCCUAUGGUGACCAAGAUCUCCGAUGCGAUGAUAAAGAUUGGGAGCAUUGGAGUGCCCCUUGGCUCCUCACCAACAAGCAAAUGCUUCUUGAGGGCCUCGCAGAAUUCCACCAGCAGUCCUUUUGGCACUUCAAGACAGAGUCCCACGCUGUCUUAAAGCCGUCGGAGUAUACCUUUCCGCUAAUCACUCCGGGAUUAGUGCGGACGCACCAUCUUCACAUUGGAUGGCCGUCCAGUGGAGACUUUGCCCAGCGAACCAACGUAGAUAGUCAGACGCCCUUUGACCCGAGUAAGAGUGUCGCAAUCGAGCGAUAUUUCUGGCUCAAGAAGGACGUGAUCACUCUUGUCAACUGCAUGAUGGCCUCGAUGGAAAUGAACGAGGUGGUUCGGGAGAUCAAGGUCACAGUCGUGAUACUAAAGGACAUCGCUGGACUUAUAAAUUAUCGAGGUAUGUUGCAACACCCCAUCCGGUAUGUAUUCGAUUUGUCCCAACUCGAGCGGUUGGCUGUACACCGUGGCCUGCGAGAGUUUCAGGCAAGAAUUGAAGUUAGGAUGCCCCGCCAGCCAGCGUCUACCGUAGAGCUCGCAAAAGCGAGUUCUUCGCUGAUAGGUGAGUUUCAACGCGUUGGGACGUUGCUCGUUGACGGGGUUUGGAUUACGAGCAUCAACGAGCCCUUUAGGUGGGAGGACACUUCUCCCAGUUUGUUGGUGGGUGAGGCUGUAUGUACGGUGAAGAAACCGUAA